AUGACCACCGAUCCGUAUCAGGAUUCAGGUCCUCAUUUUGUCCUUGAAGAUGACAAGAGGAAGCUUCCUCCACCCGGCCGAUCUGAAGUUAAGCCUCAGUAUGUUCAUCAUGUGGCCCCAAAACCCCCACCUGAGAUCAGCCAGUCCGUUCCGGAAGGCAAAGGUAGUCCAAGGAGGUGUGUGAAGUUCACCGUGGCUGCUGUGAUCUCCCUGCUGCUCCUCCUGCUGCUGGCUGGAAUCCUCCUCGCUUAUUACUUUUCCUCGGCCUGUGUGCACGGGAUGCAGUGUGGUGAUGGGAGCUGUGUGUGGGAGUCCCAGUGGUGUGACGGAGUGACUGACUGUCCUGCAGGCCAGGAUGAAGCUGACUGCGUGAGGCUGCAUGGUUCCAGUUUCCUGCUCCAGAUCUACACGAGUAAAAGCUGGAGGACGGUUUGCUCUCACGGCUGGACGGAGCAGCAGGGGAGGGCAGGCUGCCAGCAUCUGGGACACAGCAGGGGGACAUAUUUUAAAUCAGGCCAACAGCAGACUGACUCUGAUGAUGGAUUCUUAACAGUGAAGUCUGACUUCAACCCCGAGGCCUCCAUACUGCAGCAGCUUGUGCUCAGCAACACCUGUCCCAACAACAGCGUGGUGACAUUGCGUUGUUCUGACUGUGGGAUUGGGGUGAACUCCAGCAGGGCCCCCGGGGGCCAGCUGGCCUCUCUCGGGGCCUGGCCUUGGCAGGUCAGCCUGCAGCUUGCGGGCUCCCACCGUUGUGGAGGAGCCAUCAUCUCCCCCUACUGGACGAUCACUGCAGCACACUGUGUGGCCAGGGCCUCCAGUCCUGGCGCCUGGACAGUGUAUGCUGGGAUGGUGGAUUCACUGGACACCCUGUUUAACCCUGCGUACUCUGUGAGCCACAUCGUAGCCCACGAAGGCUACAACAGUCUCUCUCGCAGGAACGACAUCGCUCUGAUGAGACUCUCUAAACCUCUGGACUUCACAGCCUCCAGGAACAUCGGACCUGUGUGCCUCCCAAAUGUUGGUCUGAACAUCACUUCUCCUCAGGAGGGCUGGAUAACACGAUUUGGUCGCACAGUAAAUGGAGACUCUGGAUCUCCGCACCUGAUGGAGGCCCAGGUCUCUCUCACAGAUACUGCAGACUGUAACAGCUCCACCACGUACAAUGGCAGGAUAUCUCAGGACAUGCUCUGUGCCACAGAGAUGGAGGCAGCAGCCAACAUAUGCCACGCUGACAGCGGCGGCCCUCUGGUGUCCCUGAAGGAUGGAGUAUGGUGGCUCAUAGGGGACAGUAUUUGGGGGGACCGCUGCACAGAGCAGAACAAACCAAGUGUUUACGGCAACGUCACCUACUUUCUGGACUGGAUCUACCGUCAGAUGAGGAAGCACCAAGAUGACUGAUGACAGGACCAAAGAUGAAGAUGUUUACUAUUUUUCUAAGUGUUUAAAGAUACAUUUUUAUAAAAACAAAAAAUGCCUUGAGAAUAUCUGU